AUGAAAGUGAUCGCAAUUUUCGCCGCCGUCCUGGCUGUGGCCAUGGGCGCCCAAACAUCCUGGACGGUGAAUGAGGUCUCUGCGGCCCUGCAGGACCCCAGCACCAACCCAGCUCUCAUCCCGUUCCUGGAGCACGCCCUCAAUGAAAUGAUGGACGCUAUCUACGCCGGAUACCCGCCGGAAGCUGUGCAGGUUGCGGUGCCGGCAGUGAGCACCUGGACGCUGCAGGAGCUUAACUCGGCUCUCGAAAACCCUGCGACGAACCCCGCUCUGGUUCCCUACUUGGAGCAAGCCCUCAACGACAUUAUGCAAGCUCUCGAAUCUGGACAGCAAAUGGACACCAUCGCCGUGGUAGUCCCCGCCGCCAUCGCGCCUGUCGAAGCCGAGAUUCCCGUGUUGCCAGUGGCGGUGCCAAACCCCGUGCAGGUGCCAAACCCGGCGCCCGUGCCAAGCCCCCCGCCAACCGCCUCUAGCCCUCUGGUGCAGAUCAUCGUGAAUGUCGGGAAACCACAACAGCUGUCCGACCUCAACUGUAUCGGUCGCAACCUCGCUGGCAACUCCCGCUGCAACCCCAACGUCGUCGGCCGCAUCCCCGAACGGUACACGGUGGACCAAUACAGGUUCGACGCUCCGUACUUCAACGCCACCUACAUCGACAGCAACCUCGUCAUCAGCAACUCGAAUAAAUGCAGGGUCUCCGAGUUUUAUAUUAACCUAUCAAGCGACAAUGUCGUGCUUGCUGUAAAUUGCCCAAUGUUGGACUUUGCAUCCAAUCGCACAUUGAUACAACAUACUUCGCUGGUGGAAGAUCGAAGCUAUAGCUACAAAAUUCAAGGAACCUACCCACUGAUCCGUCUGACAACGACGCUGCACUACAAGAACGGCUUGGAUCUAUGCUCUGCGUUCACGUUCGCUGACGUGGCCGCCCUGCCGUUGUUCCGCAUCGACCCCAACAAUCCGCAAACGGCGAAAUUCCUCUCGAGGGACCUCACCCUGUUGAAUAUUUUCGAGAGGGAAUGCUUCUUCUGGCGCGCCCCGUUGCUCGCUCGCUUCUUUAUCAACUCCCUCAUUUGUGACUUCGGUUGUAAUUAU